AUGUGCAUAGUCGACGGGAACGAGAGAGAGAGAAUCCAGCUGGAGGGCAUCGCUGGCUCGUUCAGCUGGAAUCCAUCUGCAAACGAGUGUCCCCAGGCAGAUUAUCACAGAGAGGAUCGGUGGUCUGGAGACGGCACGGCAUAUAUACAUACUGAAUUCUCGCGCUGUAGUAAACACGAUGGCUGCGUCAUAUUGUCUCACAGGCGCUCGAUACGGCGGCGCAUGUCUACUACCCAGGCGCUGGAGCCUUGCGACUCGCAAUGGUACCAGGCUUUGGACCCUUCGUCUCACGAUCUAGCCGACGACAUCGAGUUCAAGAACGUGACGUGGUGCGAGGACGCGAGGUGUCGGAAUUUCUACAGGUUCCGGGAGCAUACCAACGUGGGCACCUCGACAAGUUGA